CAUUACUAAAUCCUGCAAAUCAUCGACACACAAAAUUCCGAAAAGUUGUUUUGUCUUAAAAUUAAAUAAAAUUCAAAGGAAAAUGUCGUCUCCCAACAGCGCUACAACUUAUUUGGCUGAGCAGAAGAAGACCACAAACAAGGAGUUGGCCACGGAAUGGGUUUUACUCGAAGAAUUGUACAAUGAGAAAUUAUGGAAUGAACUCACAAUCAAAUUGCACACAUUCGUGAAGCAUCCAGCGUUGCGCGAUGAAAAAUUGCUUCUGGAGCUCUACAAUCAGUUCAUUACCACUUUCGAGUCCAAGAUAAAUCCUUUCGGCUUGGUGGAAAUUUGCGCCGUAAUUGUCGAAAAUAUCGUCAACAAGGACGAAGCGGUCGCUUUCCUCGAAAAAUUGAAGGAAAAAGUGAAAAUUUGCGACGAAGCUAUUUGGUUAUGUAAAGUAUUGCAAGGCCAACUCUACUUGGAGUUCCUCAACGACUUGGAAUCGACAAAGAAAAUCAUCGAGGAUCUCAAGGACGUGCUCGAUCAAGCGGGAAAUGUCACACCAGUCCAUGGCAAAUACUACAUGUUAGCUGCCCAAUAUUAUCGCGUUGUUGGUCAACAUGCCGACUACUACCGUUGCGGCUUGCAAUUCCUCGGAUGCUCCAUCGAUGAGUUCCCGAAGGAUCAGUGGCCGCAACAAGCCUUCUUCCUCGGUCUUGCUGCCUUGCUGGGCGACGGUGUUUACAAUAUUGGUGAACUUUUGGCACAUCCCGUCUUGCAAUCUCUCGUCGGCACGGAAAACGAAUGGCUCGUCGAGCUUUUGCGUGCCUUCAACUCGGGCGACAUCAACAAAUUCGAAGCCAUGAAGACCACGUGGUACCAAAUUGCCGAUUUGGCGGCGCACGAAGUAAAAUUACGGCAGAAAAUCUCGCUUUUGUGUCUCAUGGAAAUGACUUUUAAACGACCAGCGAACCACAAGACGCUGACUUUUGAGGAAAUUGCGGCGGAAACAAAGUUGCCGAUGAAGGAAGUGGAACUUUUGAUCAUGAAAGCGCUCGCACAGGGACUUGUACGUGGCGCGAUCGAUCAGGUGGCCGGCGUCGUUAAUAUGACGUGGGUACAACCGCGUGUCUUGGAUAGACAGCAAAUCGCCGGCAUGGCAAAGACUUUGGAUGUCUGGAUGGAUUCCAUUACGGACAUGGAGAAGUUGAUUGAGACGCGUGCAAAGGAAAUUCUUACAAACUAAUUUUUAUUUGCGUUUAAAUAAAAUAAGAUUUCAUUUAUAAA